GUCAAGCAUUAGAGACCCAUCCUCGGUUUCGGACUGAAUGAGAGUGAACAGUUAUUGAGUUCCCUAACAUUUGCAACAUGGCACUUGCCGAUGCGAUGUUGCCUUCGAUAAAUACAUUUUCAAGCAACCAGAUUUUAGACGAAAAGCAGGCUGAAAUUGUUCAGGACUGGAAAAUUGACCCCACUACAACCAGCUCAACAGGUGGGGACAUGAGACCCCUCAUCGAGGUGGAAUUCAGCAUAGUUGAAUCGCCACCUCUGGCCAAAGACGAGGACGACCUUUCCAAAUUUCUGGAUCUAGAAUUCAUUCUAUCCAACUCCGUCACGACUGAGAAUGACAACAACUCGGCUCAGCAGCCGGCCGCAUAUUCUUUACCCGAGUCACCCGAAAGCUGCAGUACUGUCUACGACAGCGAUGGCUGUCACCCGACGCCAAACGCCUAUUGCGGCAACAACUUUAGCACACGUCCUUGCCACAGUCUGGUGGCAGAGUUGUUCACCCCGGACAUGAAUUAUAACAGCGACUCCUCGCAAGAAUAUAACUCGAAAGGACCUUUAGACAGGCAUGAGUACACUGAAUUAAGGGUUCUAAACUCUCGAAACCCGACACACUUACCCAGUUCAAAUAAUAUGGGAUACAAAAUAAAAACUGAACAUCACGAGCAAUCUUGCAUGAUGGUAAACGACUACGUGGGGCAUUAUUAUGGACAAGAACCCCACCGCGUGCAACAUCAGGCUUAUGGGCACCACAGUAUGCAACAAGAUGUGUCUAGAGACAUGUUAGGGAGGAAAGACUGCAUCUUAACCGAGAUGAACUCUCACCAUCACAUUAACAUUGCACAUCAACAACAGUUCAUGAACAGCGCGCCCUUCCCACCGCAGUAUGACCAGCAUCAACAUUAUCACGGACAUUACAGCGUGUUUAGCGAACCACUGCGAACAAAUCACCCGGCCAUGACAGGUGUGAUGUUGACCCCACCAUCUUCACCGCUCCUGGAAUUUUUAAAUCCAGAAGACAGCAAACCAAAACGAGGGCGUCGCUCGUGGGCACGAAAACGGACUGCAACGCACAGUUGCGAGUUCCCCGGCUGUGGGAAAACGUACACAAAAAGUUCCCAUUUGAAAGCCCACAUGCGGACACACACAGGUGAGAAACCUUACCACUGCAGUUGGGAAGGCUGUGGCUGGAAGUUCGCCAGGUCGGACGAGUUGACGCGUCACUACAGGAAACACACCGGACACAGGCCGUUUCAGUGCCACCUGUGCGAGAGAGCCUUCUCCCGCUCAGAUCACCUGGCCCUGCAUAUGAAGAGGCAUAUGUAAAAAAAAAAAAAAAAAAAAAAAAAAGAAGAGACUAUUAGAGGCUUUUAUAUUGUUAAGACAGUUCCUAUUUUUGGAUAGCAGUUAUAUGUGAAUAGAAAUGUAACUUAUGACACUAUUUAAGAGAAGGAGAUACACGAUCAAUUAGAAGGUCAAUCGUGCAGUACUUACCCAGAUGUAUAAAAACGGGGCAGGACCCAUACAUUUGUAAUUAUUUUUGUGUUGUUUUGUUUUUAUCUCCAUUUAUACAUUUGAAUUCAGUCAGGGAAUUGUUUUUUUUUUUUUUUUGUUUCUCUCUCUCUCUCGCUCUCCCAUGGAUUUGCAACAGAAUUAAAAGCAUUGUCAUUUUUUGUACUCAGUCCUCAUGUCUCAUUUUGUGUAGUUUCUCAUUUCAAAUGCCAUGUUAUCAUUUUGAUCAAAG